AUGGCGGAAGGUAAGGAUCAACAACCUUUCAUGAACCAAAAUACCUUUCCGACAAUUGAUCGAUGCUCGUCCAUCGGUCGGGAGAAACAUACGGUUGUCGCCGACAUGGACGGAACGUUGCUUUGUGGUCGUAGCUCUUUCCCUUACUUUGCCCUCAUUGCAUUUGAGGCUGGUGGAGUCUUGAGGCUUUUGUUCUUGCUGUUGGCCUCUCCGAUUGCUGGAAUUUUAUACUAUUUCAUUUCUGAGUCAGCUGGAAUUCGUGUGCUUAUAUUUUCAACAUUUGUCGGGAUGAAGGUUUCCGACAUCGAGUCAGUGGCGCGUGCAGUUCUACCAAAGUUCUACGCACAUGACUUGCACGUGGAGACAUGGAGGGUAUUCUCGUCAUGUGGAAAACGCUGCGUUUUAACCGCAAACCCCAGAAUCAUGGUGGAACCAUUUCUCAAGGAUUUCUUAGGCGCUGACAUGGUCAUCGGUACUGAAAUUCACACGAUCGGUCAGCGAGCCACCGGUUUAAUUCAAAGCCCUGGAAUCAUAGUCGGGAAGAACAAGGCUAAAGCAGUCCAACAAAUUACUCAGCCGGACAUUGGGAUCGGUGACCGCCAAACCGAUUACCCCUUUAUGAAGCUCUGCAAAGAGGGGUAUGUAGUUCCGGCGAAGCACGAGGUUAAGCCGGUCACCGUUGAUAAAUUGCCUAAGCCAAUCGUGUUCCACGAUGGCCGAUUGGUUGUAAAACCCACGCCGUUUGUGGCGUUGAUUUUAAUUCUGUGGAUUCCAGUGGGAUUCGUUCUCGCUUGCUUGCGAAUGGCCGCUGGUUCUCUUCUUCCGAUGCCGAUUGUGUACUAUGCGUUUUGGGCUCUUGGCGUUCGGGUAGAAAUCAGAGGUACACCACCACCUCCGGCGAAGAAAUCCACCGGCCAAACUGGCGUCCUUUUCAUAUGUUCACAUCGAACCCUCCUCGAUCCAAUCUUUCUCUCAACUGCCCUCGGUCGUCCCAUCCCCGCCGUGACGUACUCCAUCUCCCGUCUCUCAGAGAUUAUUUCUCCAAUUAAAACCGUCCGCCUAAGUCGCGACAGAGCAGCCGACGCCGCAAUGAUCAAGAACCUACUGCAAGAAGGUGACUUAGCAAUAUGCCCAGAAGGGACGACAUGUCGGGAGCCAUUCCUACUCCGAUUCUCGGCACUGUUCGCGGAGCUAACCGACGAGAUUGUCCCGGUUGCAAUGUCGAACCGGAUGAGCAUGUUCCAUGGGACGACGGCGAGAGGAUGGAAGGGGAUGGACCCGUUUUACUUCUUCAUGAACCCAAGUCCGGUGUAUGAAGUGACGUUUUUGAACAAAUUACCGUAUGAACUCACUUGUGGCGGCGGCGGAAAAUCGAGCCAUGAGGUGGCGAAUUACAUUCAGAGGAUGAUCGCUGCAACGUUGUCUUAUAAGUGCACCAAUUUCACCAGAAAAGACAAGUACAGAGCUCUCGCCGGAAAUGAUGGCAUUGUUCCUGAGAAAUCAAAGGUUCAAUCUACGAAGAUAAUGGGUUGCUAGAGAUUCAUGGUGAAACUUUAAAUUAAGUUGUGUAGCCCAAUAACAUUAUAGAAUUGUAUCGAAAGAUAUACGAAUUUGGGAUGGUUUUUUUCCCUUUAAAUUUUACAAGCUAUCAAAUUGGGAGAAAUUUCGCAAGAA